AUGGCAGAAAAAUUAAAGCAGCAAAGAGCCAACACUAAAAAAAGCAUGACACGAAUUAAAAAUUAUAUUGAAUCCGCAAGGAAUGAGGGAAAUGUACUUCCACAUGCUGAACUAAAAUGUCGCUUAGCGAUAUUAGAGGCUUACUUCAAACAGAUAUUGACCACGCAAUCGAGCAUCGAGGCCUUAGAUCCAGAAGAUAAUUGCCGAUCAGAUUUGGAGGAGCUUUACAUCAAUGCAAAGGUGGCUAUUCAAUCGCAGUUGGGAGACGAGUUCCACAAUACGUCAAUAUCUGAUGGUAACAUCACCAUCCACCAAUCAACAUCGAAACUACCACCGUUACAACUACCUUCAUUCAAUGGUAAAUAUUCGGAAUUCAAGAAUUUUAUAACGACAUUUUUCCAAAUUAUUGAUCGAGAAUCAACUUUAUCUAAUCUGGAAAAAUUUAAUUAUUUGCUGACUUGUCUGCAUGGCCCAGCGUUAGAAACGGUUAACGCGUUUCAAGUCACAAAUGAAAAUUAUUCAAAGGCUUUAAAUAGAUUGAAGGAUAGGUACGACAAUCCAACACUCAUUUUUAUGGAAAACGUAUCAGCCCUUUUCGAUCUUCCUGGUACUUCCAAACCGGAAGGUGAUAAACUGCGAAGUCGAUACUGCGUCAGCAAUUUAUAG